AUGGCACACACAGGAGGCAGCAGUGCUGCUACAGCGCUGCUGCUGCUGCUGCUGCUGCUGCUUAUGCAAGACUUUGUGGGUGCAUUUCGCGUGGUGAGCAGCAGCAUCAGCAGCAGUAUCAGCAGCAGCAUCAGCAGCUGCAGCAGCAGCUGCAGCAGCAACAGCAGCAGAGUUCGUCGGGUGUCGCUGCAGCUGCAUGCUAAGAAGCCCUCGUGGCAUGUAAUGCUGGACACCAGCCGCAGCAAAGCAGAGCAGCGGCAGCAGCAGGAGCAGCAGGAGCAGCAGGAGCUGCAGCAGCAGCAGGAGCUGCAGCGGCUGCUGCAGGCGCAGCGGGAAGCGCCGGUGCUGCGCGUCUCAAUGGAGCUGCCUGCAGCAGCAAAUGCAGCAGAAGCCCUUGGGGUGCAGCAGCAGCAGCAGCAGCUGGUCUAUGCUGAGCUGCAGCAGCACGAAGCAGCAGCAGCAGCAGCAGCACCUUGGCUGACACCUGAGGAAAUUAGGCGCUUUCAGCAGCAGCAGGAUGCCCUCAGGCCCAAAACGCAGCAGCAGCAGCAGCAGCAGCAGCAGCAGCAGCAGCAAGAUGAACGAGGCCCUUACUUCAGCGCAGACAAUGUGCGAAUGUACCACCGCUAUAAUCCUUUUUGGGAGCCUGUAAAAGAAAGCUUCGGAAGCCCCGCACACCUCCCCCGCGAAGCCUCCAAGCCCCCCUUCGGCCACUCCCCCAAACGGCCCCUCAGAGAGUCCGACCUCGCGUCUCCUUCCGUCCCUUUUGGCUGGCGCGUUUACUCCUGUUUGUCUCUGCUCAAGCUGCCCUUCCUAAUGCAGCAGCAGCAACUGCAGCAGCAGCAGCAGCAGCAACAGCAGCAGCAGCAGCAGCAGCAGCUGGCGCUCUGUCUGUGGGACGUCUACGGCCACAGGCGGCUGCACUUGAGCCACUUGAGUUGGGCGAGGGCUUCGGCGCAGCAGCAAGACGCAGCAGCAAGAGUUUUGUCGCUGCUGCAGCUCCGCAGCAUCAGACACGAGCUCAAACCUGCUGCUGCUGCUGCGGGUGCUGCUGAGGGUGCUGCUGCUGCUGACGGUGCCGCUGCUGCUCCUUACCAUGUGCCAGGGAAGCUGGAGAAGCUCGCGGCGCCUACGCCAGCAGCAGCAGCAGCAGCAGCAGCAGAAUCGCCGUAUGUCGCUGACUACAUGACUUUUGCUGCUCCGUCGCUGCACCACGCGCAGCAGUUUGUUCUUUCAAACCCAAAAUCCAGAGCAGGUUUGUACCGGGAGCAGCACUUGUUUGAAAGUGUGGACUUGACAGGGGAGCAUUUGCUGCUGGGAAAGGAAGCAAGAAGAAGCCACGACAGAGAUAGACUUUUUUGUCUCCUUGGCUUCUUCAAACCUGUCAUUCGACAAA